GGAAGAUAUACUGUGGUUAGAUCAAAAUCACCAAUGGCGCCAUCACGAGGGAGACACGGGAUCGAACUGACGCAUGAAAAUGAUGAAGUUGCAGUACAGCAGCAAUCCAAGUCUGCACUCAUCAAUGCAAAACGCAACUUGAAUUACCUCUUCUCCCCAACAACUGCGAACGUCGAUAAGCCAGCCCGCUUGCGUACAAGGGCUCUGCUGCGUACGUGUCGAUACAUUGGUCAAUUCAUCAUCUGGCGGCUCGUCCGUUGGGCAAAGUAUGCCGCUGUAGGGGCCCUUAUCGCUGCAGUCGGAGCGACGGCUUUCGGCGGCAUGAUUACUGGGGUUGGAUGGUUAGCUGCGCCCCCCACAUUCGGAGCGAGCAUCAUUGCAGCAAGUAUUUGGGGAGUUGGAAAAUUCGCAGCCCGCAAGUUGCACGGACGGUGGAAGAGAGAAGGCGGCGAUGUUGGUGCUGAGAUAAGGGAGAGGGCCGAGGACGAAGGGGCCGUCAGGAGAGAAGGAUCCUAUGGAAUCGACAUGGGACCAAGAGCUGUCCCUUGGUGAUGACAAGCAAGUCGCUCGUUGGAAUGGGUGUCUGCCUGCGAGCACAAGGUCGUGUCAGGACGCCUGAGAUGACGGGAGACACGGGUCAGUCGCCGACGCUGGAUGCACAUGCAAACACCGAAGAACAGGUGUCGAAAUGCGCAUGUGGUGAUUCUGAAGCUGCUGAAAGAUGCUGCCUAGCCAGAGCCAGGUGCAUCUCAACAUUUUUAAAAACAUAUGGUCUGCGUCAUGGUCCGAUGUAUAACACAGUUGUUGUGAAUGCACAUGUUAUAAGGCGGGGCGGGCCAGUAUCACAUGAUAAUAUCUAGAAUGUAG